AGCUGGGAUGAAUGGGUUCCAGAAAGCAGAGUACUCAAAUACGUGGACACCAACCUGCAGAAGCAGAAAGAACUUCAAAAGGCCAAUCAGGAGCAGUAUGCAGAGGGGAAGAUGAGAGGUGCUGCUCCAGGCAAGAAGACUUCUGGUCUGCAGCAGAAGAAUGUUGAAGUAUUCUUCCGUCGGGAUGGAGCUCACACUGUUUGCUGCCUGGAGACUCCUGCCAUAUCCACACGGAAAACAAAAAAGAACAAGCAGAAAACUCCAGGAAUUGGAGAGGGGAGCAGCACCAGUGAGACUCCUCAGCCCCCCAGGAAGAAGAGAGCUCGAGUAGAUCCAACAGUUGAGAGUGAAGAAACAUUUAUGAACAGAGUUGAAGUCAAGGUGAAAAUCCCAGAAGAGCUGAAGCCAUGGCUGGUGGAUGACUGGGACUUGAUCACCAGGCAGAAGCAGCUCUUCUACCUUCCUGCCAAGAAGAAUGUUGACUCCAUCCUAGAGGAUUAUGCAAACUACAAGAAGUCCCGAGGAAACACUGAUAACAAGGAAUAUGCAGUCAACGAAGUGGUGGCUGGAAUUAAGGAGUACUUCAAUGUCAUGUUGGGAACUCAACUGCUGUACAAGUUUGAGAGGCCCCAAUAUGCUGAGAUCUUGGCUGACCAUCCCGACGCUCCCAUGUCUCAGGUCUAUGGUGCCCCACACCUCCUGAGGCUCUUUGUGCGGAUCGGGGCCAUGCUGGCCUACACCCCCCUGGAUGAGAAGAGUCUGGCUCUGCUCCUAAACUAUUUGCAUGACUUCUUAAAGUAUUUAGCCAAGAAUUCCUCUGCCCUGUUCAGUGCCAGUGACUAUGAAGUUGCCCCUCCUGAGUACCACCGGAAAGCAGUGUGA